UUGAGGCAUAUUGAACAAAGUCAGUGUCAGAUGAGGUUUUUAAUCAUUUAACUCUGCUGGGUUUCUUUGUCACAUUGUGUGCAGCUGGUCUGGAAGUGCGGGUUUUUAAUUGUUCCACCAUGUUUAUGAAAAGCAACACCUGCAUGCUGGUUUUCCUACUGUGUUGUUUGACCUUGUGGAGCAAGUCAGCGAGUGCAGGCUCCAGCUUUCUGAGCCCUUCACAAAAACCCCAGAACCGGGGAAAGUUGCCCAGAGUCGGUCGGCAGGUCAUGGAGGAGAACAUUCCACCCACUGACGACAAGCAUCUCACAGUCCCCUUUCAAAUUGGUGUCACCAUCAGUGAAGAUGACUUGGAUGAGUACCGGGUCAUACUGCAGGAGAUCGUGCAGCAUCUGCUGGGAAGCUCAGAGACUUCAGGGUGGUUGCCAGUGCCUUAA